AUGGCAGGCGCACAGCAUCGGACGGAAUCAAAGCUUUCAUUAGAGAUCCGUACAAAAUCUGUGGAGCAAACAUUGAUACCUUUGGUUACUCAGAUCACAACACUUGUCAAUCAUAAGGAGAGGUCAAAGGUCACAGAGAAGACCCUGAAAACCCUGGUGUGCGUCGGUCAGGCAGUUAACCUUGCUGUGGAGAGGUUCGUUACAGUAGGGGAGACAAUUGGGGAGGAAAACCCCGAAAUCAAAGAUGACAUGUGUGAUGCGUGUAAUGAGGCAAGGGAAGCAGGUGCCAAUAUCCAAACCCUGACAGAUGCAUCGUUUUCAGGACCGCAGGGGGCGGGUCAAACCUUGGCGGAGAAAACGGCAAUGGUUCGAGCGGCUCGACAGCUGCUGUCAGCCAUUACCAAGGUGCUGCUGUUAGCAGAUCGUAUCGUUGUCAAGCAGAUCUUCAUCGCCAAGGACAAGGUGCUGAACAGCUUGAGCUAUUUUGAAGGCGUGUACAAUUUCCCAGACUUUGUGAAGGCGUUCAGACAGUUUGGCAACGACAUGGUGGAGUUAGCACAUCUAACUGGAGACAGGCAAAAUGAUCUGAAGAGUGACAAGCAGAGAGCUCAGAUGGGAGCUGCCAGGACUGUACUAGAGAAGUCCACAAUGAUGUUGCUCACAUCCUGCAAGACGUCCCUGCGUCACCCUGACUGCGACUCUGCGCGGACUAAUCGCGAGGGCGUAUUCCGCCUAAUGCGUAAGGCACUUGACCUUGUCCAGCACGUUGUCUCCGAUGGAACGUGCCAGUCUAACGGAGACAUGUCGCCCACAGUCAAUGGGGAUUCUGGGAUAGGUUUGGCGACCAGUCAGCCUACGGCUAGCAGGUGCAUCAAAGAUUUUGAGGACCUGGUUGAAAUGACACGAGUGACACUUGUAGGGCCAAGUCAUCAGGAGAAGUUAACUAGUGCCUUAGACUCGAUGAUUGAGACCUCGCAGGACUUCACAGACUCUGCCUACACGUCACAUGACAACCGCGAGAAAAUCAUCCAGAUUUGUGAGGACGUAAGGGUGGAACUACAGAACCUCAUUGCUAUAGGAACCAGUCUGAACCAGAGAGAGGAUUUUGCCACAAGCCAAGAAUUGGAGACAAGCAUACUGAAAACUGGAGAGUUAACUAAAGCUUUGCAAAAACAGCUACAAGACACUGCCAUGGACCAGGCCUCUGAACUUUUCAAAACAAACGAAGACCACGAAAUCCUGAUGGGUCUGAAAACAGCAGGAGUGAGUGGGGAAGUAGACAGGGUGGAAGAGCUCUCAGUCAAGUUUGAGGAGCACUCAGAACAGCUGGAAGAGGUUUGCAAACUGUUACGGCAUAUUUCCAACACGGAACCUCUGGUGAUUACUGCAGAACAUGCUGAGUCUGUUAUCAAGAGUAUUGGCCCUUUGACUUUAAAUGCCGCACAAACAUUGGCUCAGUACCCAGGCAGUAAAAUCGCCCGGGAAAAUCUUGAUGUGUUCGCCGAUGCCUGGGAGUCCCAAAUUAACGACCUGUCAAUUUUGGUGAAAGACGUGAACGACGUUGUCCAAGGAAAGAUGGAGAAGCAAGUGUACCUGUCACUGCCAAGGCCAGGGAGUAUGGGGUUUUGGAAGCAUGGCACGACCUCCAAGUCUUUACGUCCUGUCAAACUAGAUGCAGAGGAACAAGCACGUAUUGCAAAACUGGGAUUAGAAAUGAAGCUGAUAACGUCGGAAAUGGACGCCGAGACGGACAAAUGGGAGGAGCCUGACAACGAUGUUGUUAAGCGCACUAAGAACAUGUCUAGUAUGGCUUUCUCUAUGUACCUGUUCACUCGAGGGGAGGGACCCCUGAGGACCACACAGGAUCUGUUCACGCAGGCCGAAUACUUCAGUGAAGAGGGGAGAAAGCUGUACAAGACAGUUAGGGAGUUUGCACAAAAGGUACCCGCUGGCACACCCAAAGACGAUAUGAUGUUCCACGUAGAGAAAAUUCCCAGCUUCUGCCAGCUGCUUCAGGUCACCUUGAAAGCGCCGACCUUUGGGAAAGCGGCAACCUUCAACAAGGUGGACAGUGCCAUACAAGAGACGAAAAACUUGAUGAAUGUCGUCGCCAAAGUUGUGACAACUUGCUUUAUUUGUGCCACAAAGUACAAUGUUGACUACCAGGCCUCGUCCCCGGUCAGCAUCACCAACAGAUGGCGACACCCAUCAUCGUCAUCAGAAAUACGUUCCAACAGCAGUGACACGGAUUCUGCGGUCAGCAUGCAUUCGGAGAGCCUGUACAGAAGUGCCUCUCUAACCAAGUCUCUAUCCAGUUAUGAUAGACACUGAUGAUUACCUCCCCCUGCUAUACACAUCUCUCACCAGAGGGACGGGCAUGGAUUUGUGAGAUAUUGUAAUUACUGCUACAUUAG